AUGCACCACUCACAGCCCACAAGGACGAUAACACGACCAUUGGUCAAUCAUCCUCAACUGGAAAUAAUCUCUACCCCGGUAACCAUUGGACUUGUAGACAAUGAAACGAACAGCAGCGAUACAUUACUUCAGGUCGAGUAUAGAGUAUACAACUACAAACAAUUAGAUGGCGGGAGGAUCAUUAGAGGAGAUGGUUGGAACUUGCUCACCAUCUUGGUGUUCAUUGGGUUGACAUGGACUGCUUGGUCAAGAGCUCAAUGGAACGGUGCACUGGCAUGGCAAUGGAGCGAGCAGACCGUCACUGCAUUUCUAUGGAUCAUCUCUCCGGUCAUUUUCCUUAAGCAUAAGUGUAAUGCAGUACUAUACGAGACUGUCAUUCCUCUUCCAUCCCUUGGCAUACAGCUCUCAGUGACCAAAGGCGUAUCGAUACCAUCACUACUUUGUCCUUUCACGUCGUCUCGAAGGUGUCUCAUCCCCUUGUCCACGUCAUACACCUUCAUACCUUUAUCAGAUAUAUCAACAGUGAUUCUUAACCAGGCUUUGACCCGGUUCACCGUCAGAUAUUACUUGGGAAUAGUAAAGAAGAGAGGUGAAGGGAUAGUAUUGGCCUUUCAUGCUACUCGCCCAGGGUUUCAAGUAUUGAAGGAGAUCUAUCAUGGUGUUCGAGAAUUGAUGUUUGGCGAAUUUGAUGAUAUCUCGAACGCUGUGCUGGAUACUCCAGGAAAACAGCGAUGA